UAGGCAUCAAGCCUUGGAAAAAGUUUCACAAGCACAGCACAUUAAAAUAAAGAACAAAAUGCUAAAAAAAAGAACUAAAUAGCAUUUUCAUUUUGAUUUUUAACAGCAUAUGCAAAUUUAGCUGAAUAACCCUUUAACUUUUUACCUUUUCUCCUUUAUUAUAAUUAUAAAUUAUAAAUUGUCUGUGUUACCAAAUUAUUCUGUUUCCUCUUUUCAGUCAACAAAUGAUAUGUCCAUAUGCUAAUUGGUUCCUCUUUUUUUUACUCUCUUCCCUUCUUUCUUUUUUUUAUUUUUUUUUCAAUUUUUUUUAACUUUUAAUUUUUAAUUUUAUCACUCUCAUUUCUCACACUACUCUCUGUUCCCUGCUUCUGAAAGUUGCUAAAAUCUGUAACACUUCACCACCUUCCUUUAAUUUGUUGAACAAGAAAAGCCAAAAAAGGAAAAUGACAGAGAUCUUCUCCUCUUCUUCUUGAUUGAGGUGACCAUUCCCAUGCAUUUUCUACUAUAAUACUUCAUUUCAAUCACUCUCUUGUUUUGCAGCUAUGGCUGCACACCAGGAAGAGGGUUGGCCUCUGGGUUUGCAGCCAUUGAAUGUGAGAAUUGGAUUAGGAAGAGCUCGUGAUUAUUUUGGGUCAAUGUCAUUCAAUACUACAAUGCUUACUGGUUCACCAACUUCUACAGAUUCUUCAUCUGAUUUAGACACCGAGUCCACAGGGUCCUUCUUCCAUGACAGAAGCAUCACAUUAGGAAGCCUUAUUGGAGUUUCUAGCAUUCUAGAACUUUCUAGAAGAUCAAUAAGGGGAAGAAGACCAGAACCACUCAAAGUCAAGAAACCUUGCAAAACUAAACCUUGGAUAUUCUCGCUUUGCUCGAGGGACAGUAUAGACGUCAAGAGUUCUACCACUAGCACCCCAUCCCUUGGCCAGUUUCUUGCAGUAGAGAGGAGGGCGGCUAAUAAUGAGCACAGGAGAAACCAGAGCCACAAUAUAGAAGUCCCAGAUGAAAUUUCUAUGGCACAGCCCAUACCCCAGCCCAAUUCGUUAUUUGUUGAUGGUCGUGUGGCUCCUCCUCAAUCAAGCCCCCAAUCUGGUUCAGAAUGCGAGGACGGUAACAGUGGAGGAAUCGAUCAUGGAAACCAUCAUGGGCAUGGAGUUCCUGUGUUAUUUUCAUGCAUGUGUGGGCAGGAUACUCACUGAUUUAGCAUAAUUCAUCUUCUUAUUGGUUGUUAACCAUAUUUGUGUGUUUGGAAUGUUACGUUGAUGAAAUUUCAUAGCAGGGUCCAUGGAUAAGUUGGCUUUAGGAAGAUGGGCAUGUAUGUUGUAGAGUUAGGUACAUUUGUUAUUCCUAUAUGCAGCAGUUUCCUUGUCUUUUGUUCAUUCUGCCUGUCAUUAAAGAGUGAAUGUUGUGUAUGAAAAUUGUUCUUUCUCCGCCCAAAUAAUGCUAACUUCAUGCAUGUGUGAUUCAGUUUGACAUCAAA